AUGGCAACCCAGACGGACCCUGCAGGACUACAACCGGAUUUCAACCGCAUGGCUGAAUGUCAUCAAAUCCUUUCGACCGAGCUGCAGCACUGCCAGAACCUCCCUGCUAUCGCUGGUGCGCAGGAAAUCCUAGCCGCCAUCGCUCAAUUGCGUGAGCAGAUGAAUCGCAUGGAGCGUAACUUGACCUCCAGAAUGUCGGCUAACGAUCACAACUCCAUUGCGCGCACGCAGAAUUCCCUUCUUACGAGUCGUGAUGAAAACUUAUCACCCCUUCAUAAUCCAACCACGAACGCAGCUAUCCCCGACUUCCCGUCGACUCCCCGCGAGAUUGACCAACUUCCUGCUCAGGCAGCGAAUGCUACACUCGGAGCGCUUGGGCAGGGAACAGAUGGAAGUCUGCCCGUCAAAAGGCAGAGAAUACGAAUCACCGUGGGACUGCCGGCCGUUCGAAAGGAAGGCCCGUGA